AUGCAUGAAAAGGUACCAAAAAAAACGUACGACUCUGAGCUUUACAACGGCUAUUUGGCAAUUUACAACGGAUAUGGCGACUUACGCUAUUUUACUGUAAAGAUUGAAAAUGAUAUUUGUGUGUCGUUAGUUUGGAAUACUGGUAUGACGAAGAAAAGUCGAGGUAAAAAACGUAUUAGAAUAAAUGUUUAUCGUCCAAAGAUCGCACCAGCAAAGAAUAAGAAACCUAAACCAACAAAGGAACAAUUAAUGGACCCUGAAUUUUCUGAUGAAGACGUACUUACCAGCUUGGGUUUUGAUGAUGGCGGUUACAUAAUACCACUACCGAAAAAAUCUCUCAUGUUGAUUAAUCUACCAGAUUCUUUUCGAGAUGAGUUGCAAACGAUGCAUGUCAGUUUUUAUCUCCGAGAAGUUGGCAAACUUAUGUUUGGGUGA